UGACGAGUGUAAUUUGGUGGAUAAUAAUUGCUUUAAGGGUGGCGCCAAUUGUACAAACACUGUAGGGUCAUUCAACUGCACCUGCCAGACUCGAUAUUUCUGGAAUGGCAUGAAAUGCGAAGCCGAUGGUUGUCACAACUACACAAAUCUGACAGAUUCUAACAGAAAAAGCGAUUACGAUACACCCGACUAUGGUCCUUCUCUGUGUGACAAUAAUCUUCAGGGAUGGCAUCGUUUUGUGGGAGCUGCAGGAAUAAAAAUGCCAACGACACGUGUGCCAGCAUACAGAUGUGGUACAGACUGGUCAGGUUGGUUGAUGACUGCUCAUCCUACAGUAGGAGAUGGUGAAGUUUCCGGGAAAGUCUGCUUUAGUGAUCGUUCCAACGAUUGCAAAAGCCACAAAACUAUUUUGGUGAAAAACUGUGGAUUCUACUUUAUCUACAAACUGAGAUUACCAGCAGGUUGCAAUUCGCGUUACUGUGGGACUGAUUAUACGGAGGGCUAAAAGUUUUAAGAAUUAAAAAAAAAAAAAGAAGAAAUUGAAUGUAAAGGUUCUAAAAAUUCCUUUGUAAAUGCAUCUGUUGUUUUAUAU